AUGUCCAAGAACAUUAUCACAGUGUUCGGCGCCACAGGUGCCCAGGGCGGAAGCGUCGUGUCCAUCUUCCUCAACGACCCCAAGCUCAGCAAGGAUUGGCAGGUCCGCGGCGUCACUCGUGAUGUUAGCAAGGACUCCUCCAAGGCUCUUGCAGCCAAGGGUGUCGAAGUUAUCGCUGCCGAUCUCAGUGACAAAUCUUCGCUCGCCGCUGCGGUCGACGGCGCCACGGCCGUUUUCGCUGUGACCAACUACUGGGACAAGCUGGACAAGGAGCUCGAGACCCAGCAGGGCAAGAACAUUGCCGACGCCGCUCUGGAGGCUGGCGUCAAGCACUUCAUCUUCAGCUCGCUCCUCGACAUCAAUAAACUAAGCAACGGCAUCCUCCCUGACGUGUACCACUUCGACAGCAAGGCCGCUGUCGAGGAGUACAUCCGCACCACUUCUCUCCCGUCAACCUUUUUCCUCCCCGGCUUCUACAUGUCCAACCUCCCCGGCGGCAUGUUCCGCCAGACGCCCCCGGAUAACGCCUGGGCCCUGACACUCCCCAUCCCUGCCAGCUCGCCGAUCCCGCUCUUUGACGCGGCCGCCGACACGGGCAAGUUCGUCAAGGGCAUCGUCCUGAACCGCGAAAAGGUGCUCGGCAAGCGGGUACUCGCGGCGACGGCGUACACUACUGCGGGCGAGGCCGUCGAGAUCUUUAAGAAGGUGUACCCGGAGGCUGGCAAGACGGCGCGGUACAACGAGGCCUCGCACGACGACUUCCGCGGGGCGCUCAAGGGCCAGGGCAUGCCGGACUUCGUGGCCGAGGAGAUGCUGCAGAACAUGAGGCUUCUCAAUGAGUUUGGAUACUACGGCGGCGAGAAGCUGGACGAGUCGCACGCGAUUGUAGAGGACAAGCUGACGACGUGGGAGGAGCAUGUGAGAGAGUCCAAGGCCUUUGCUGAGCUGCAGUGA